AUGGAUUCAAUCAAAUAUCUACAACACAAGCCUUUCCUCGCAUUUUUCACGGGCCUCCUGGAUUCGCGUCAUUUUAAAGAGCCUAGCGCCGUCGAGCCAAUCAAGGUCCUUGAGGUUGGUUGUGGUCCGGGUCAUUUUUCUGCUUUGCUGAAGGAACAAUAUCAAGAUCGUAUUGAUGUCACUGCGAUCGACCCAUCGGAAGAGGAUAUCCAGCUAUGCGCCGACCAUAAAGCGAAUGUCAAAUAUAUGGCAACCACGGUUCUUGACAUGGACCUUGAGCAAUACCGCGAAUCUUUCGAUGUGAUUCUAUUUUCCAAGUCGCUUCAUCACUGCGAUCCAUUAGAUGGGACAAUUGAUCAAGUUCACCGCUUCCUCAAGAAAAAGGGUGUCGUUGUUGCUGAAGAGUUUGACCGCAGUGCAAUCACCGAAGAGAGUGCGCGGUGGUAUUUCGACCGUGUUGAUCUCUUGAUGAGUGGCAAUCACCUUGUGGCACCUACCAACAAGAGCGAGAAUAUGCAGAAAAAAUGGCAUGCCAUGAUGGAUCCCACGAUGGGCUCUCCACUGGAACGUUGGCAAGCUUAUUUCUCGCACCACCACCAUCAUCAUCAUCAUCAUCACGGCCACGGCCACGGCCACGGCGAUGCCCAUAGUGACGAUCACCACCAUCACCAACAGGAGGGACACUAUAAGCAUGGUUUACAGGGCGAAGAUUUGUCAACUGCCAAAGCUAUUAAUGCAUCUCUCAAAAGAGCCUUUGGCACAGAAGUCAAGGUUGUCAGCAACAAUCCAUUUCUCCAUGGAAUGAUUGUGUUUCAAGGAUUGGAGGACUCGUCGGUGGGAAGGGCUGUCUUGGAAACGUUUAUGACCCAGGAAAUAACUGCCAUCAAGGAAGGAAAACUCAAGGGCGUCGGUGCAACUGCACCUACUAUCCGCAAGAAGAACGCUGUUUACCAGAAUAAUGUCAACAAGCGUGGUCAUGUCAAGUCAUCACUCGUGAAAGAAGAAAAAGGGUUUAAGUUUCCAGUGAGCUAUUGGGUACUUGGUGUUUUGGCAUUUGCUCUACUUGGAGGAGCUAUUCUACAAGUGAUUGACCUUUUCUUGUAA